UCUUUCGUUGGAUUUCUUCCUUCCCGCCUAUCCCGAUAUUGGGGGUUUGGCCCCUAAUUUCGCAUCCAGGAUACAAAAUGGCGUUGCCGGGAUGGGGAAAGUUGGGGUCGUUGCGGUUUUGUGACUUCUUCUGGACUUUCCUCUUGGUCGUCCAGACGUUCCCGGGAUUCAGCUCCUCUCUGGAGCAACAGCUCUGUCACUCCAACUGCACGUGCAGAGGUGAUCUUCUGGACUGCAGUAACCUGGGGCUGGAAGAGGUUCCAGUGGAAAUGCCUACCUGGGUAGUCUCUAUAAACCUGAGCCACAACAAGUUGACAGAAAUUGAUCCUUCCACCUUCUCUGGGCUGCCGAAUCUGCGGGAGGUGCGACUGAGUAACAAUGAACUGACAGCCAUUCCAUCCCUGGGAGCAGCAUCUGCCAACAUCACAUCCCUUUACCUGAAUCGCAAUAGGAUCCAUAGCAUCAAAGCAAGGGAAUUGGAGCCCUAUGUUGCCAUGGAAACAUUGGACCUUAGCUCAAAUAACAUCACAGAAAUUCGAAGUGGCUGUUUCCCACCAGGGCUUCAAAUAAAAGAUCUCUACCUGGGGAGCAACCGAAUCAGCACCCUGGAGACUAAGGCUUUUGAUAGCCUGUCACGAUCCCUGCUAAUGCUUCGCCUGAGUAAAAACAGGAUUGCCCAGCUUCCUGUUAAGGCAUUCAAGCUGUUCAGGCUAACGCAACUGGAGUUAAACCGUAAUCGCAUUCGCUCCAUUGAAGGCCUGACAUUUCAAGGAUUGGACAGCUUAGAAGUACUGAAGCUGCAGCGCAACAACAUAAGCAAACUGACUGAUGGAGCCUUCUGGGGUCUGGCCAGAAUGCAAGUUCUGCAUCUGGAACAUAACAUCCUGACUGAAGUUAAUAGCGGCUCCCUGUAUGGCCUCUCUUCUCUUCAGCAAUUUCAUCUGAGUAACAACUUGAUAUCCCGUAUCAGGCCUGAUGGAUGGAACUUCUGCCAAAAGCUUCAUGAGCUGUCACUCUCAUUUAACAACCUAACCAGACUGGAUGAAGGCAGUCUGGCAGACCUGGGCGGACUGCAGAUUCUACAGCUCAGCCACAACUCCAUCAGCCACAUCGCUGAGGGAGCGUUCAAGGGACUGAAAAGCCUGCGAAUUCUGGAUCUGGACCAUAAUGAGAUUUCAGGCACAAUAGAAGACACCAGUGGGGCCUUUACAGGUCUGGAAAACCUAAACAAGCUGACUCUGUUUGGAAACAAGAUCAAGUCUGUGGCCAAGGAGGCGUUCUCAGGCUUGGAGGCCCUGGAACACCUGAAUCUUGGAGAUAAUGCAAUCAGGUCUGUUCAAGCAGAUGCAUUUGCCAAACUGAAGAGCCUGAAGGAGCUCCACAUCAACAGCGAGAGCUUCCUGUGCGAUUGUCAUCUCAAAUGGCUGCCACAGUGGUUACCCAGGAAGGAACUGCAGUCAUUUGUGGUAGCCACCUGUGCCCACCCAGAGUCAUUAAAGGGCAAAAGUAUUUUCGAUGUGGUGCCAGAAAGUUUUGUAUGUGAGGAUUUCCCCAAACCCCAGAUCAUAGUUCAGCCAGAAACGACGGUAGCUGUCCUGGGCAAGGACAUCCGCUUCACCUGCUCAGCAGCCAGCAGUAGCAGUUCCCCCAUGACCUUUGCAUGGAAGAAGGACAAUGAAAUCCUGCACCAUGUGGAGAUGGAGAAUUUUGCCCAUGUCCGGGCCAGGGAUGGCACGGUGAUGGAAUACACCACCGUUCUGCUCUUGCGCCAUGUUGCUUUCAGCCACGAGGGACGCUACCAGUGCAUCAUCACCAAUCACUUUGGUUCCACCUACUCUCAAAAAGCACAGCUGACUGUUAAUGUGUUGCCAUCAUUCACCAAAACGCCCCACGACAUUGCAGCCCGGACAGGGACAACAGCCCGGUUGGAGUGUGCUGCUGGUGGCCACCCUCUUCCACAAAUUGCCUGGCAGAAAGAUGGUGGCACUGACUUCCCAGCAGCUCGUGAGCGUCGGAUGCAUGUUAUGCCUGAUGAUGAUGUCUUCUUCAUCACCGAUGUGAAGAUAGAAGACAUGGGUGUUUACAGCUGCACUGCUCAGAACUCUGCUGGUUCAGUGUCUGCAAAUGCUACGCUGACCGUGCUAGAGACACCAAGCUUAGUUCACCCACUGGAAAAUCAUGUCGUAUCUGUGGGCGAAACGGUGGUCUUGCAGUGUAAAGCAACAGGAAGCCCACCUCCACGCAUCACCUGGCUGAAGGGUGACCAGCCUCUGAUAGUCACUGAAAGGCAUCAUUUCACCCCUGGUGACCAGCUGCUUAUUGUCUGGAAUGUAAUGAUGGAGGAUGAUGGGAAAUACACUUGUGAAAUAUCGAACACCGUCGGAACUGAGCGGGCACACAGCCAAGUUAGUGUGCUGUCAACACUUGGCUGCCGGAAGGAUGGGACCACAGUUGGGAUCAUCAUCAUUGCGGUUGUGUGCAGCAUUGUAUUGACUUCCCUGGUCUGGGUAUGCAUAAUAUAUCAGACCAGAAAGAAGAGCGAAGAAUACAGUGUCACAAACACAGAUGAGACCAUUGUACCACCUGAUGUGCCAAGCUAUCUGUCCUCCCAAGGAACAUUGUCAGACAGACAGGAAGCAGUGGUCCGUGUGGAAAAUGGCCAACAGCCCAACGGGCAUAUACAAAGCAAUGGUAUUUGCCAGACCAACACAGAGAAGAGUCCAGUGGUUGAUGAUGCUCCCCCUUUUACUUAUCGACAACCAAAGCUAUGCCUAGGAUAUAAUAAAGAAGCUUGGAAAGCAGAUGACAUGGCUAAUGGGAUGCUUCUUACAGACAAGAAAGGGUACGGCUUGCCAGUUGUGUGCACUGAUUGCAGUGGGAGCACGGAUAGCACGAGUGUCACCAUUUAUCCCAAGGAUCCAGAUGGUUUUACUACGGCUGUAGAAAACAGGAAUCCAAAUCCAUCCAGUAGCGAGGACUCCAAGAGGCAUGACAACAGCAUGCCUGCUGCUAACUUUCAAAGUCCUCCAAAGUGCAAUGGGAGUGUAAGCAACAGCAAGUCAGACAUCAGAGGGACCAUCUACCCCAGUAAUCAUGACAGAAUGCCAGCCACUAGCCCAAGUUCUUCACAACCUUUAACAAAGGCUUUUGAGCCUCAGAGCUUACCGUCACCUUCUGAAGGCCCAGUCAGGCUUCUAACAGGGACUGCUGAACUAUCGCAGACAUUACUUGCAGCGGAAGCGAAACAAACUCCUCUCAAUGGACAUUUACCAAGGUCACGUGACUCCCUUCACGAGUUAAGCCACUGAAGAUCACAAUGGACAGAGAAAACUGCUCCAGGCAAAUAAACAGAACAUACUUAUAUACCUACAGAUUUCUUUGCACAGAAUAUCUAAGCUACUUCUACCUCAAGUUCUCCACUGACAGCCUCUCAAUAGGAAAAUAAAAAAUUAAGAGAAAAUAAAAUGAGGUAUAAGAAGCAAGCUUGUGCGGGGGGAACAAAGCCCUUUCCAAGCAGUGCCCACUUGUACAUAGUUUGAAAACUUCCAUGAGAAAUAUCAGACGUUCACACAUUGGCUUGCAUAGAAAGCACAGAAAUGCAAAAAAAAAGUUAUUGUGUAAAGUGGGGGGAAAGUGUAUUUGGUAAAUUUGUACAUAAGAGUUUUCAUAUAUAUAAAUCUAUAUAUAUAUAUAUUAUAUAUAUCUUCUAACAGAGUUAUUUUAUUCCUUGGUGCAUGAUCGAAUGGAGUGAAAUUGUUCAACAUUGACUCUACAUUGUUUUCUCGCUAUACUGUUUUUCAUGUCUCCCUCCUUACCUCCCCCAUUUUCCCCUCCCAAGAGUAAUCAUUCUGGUGCCUUAAGUGGAACAUCAAGGUCAGGCCCAUAUUUUAAUGGAGCAGCCCUCGCUGGCGGAAAAAAAUCCCUUUUUGUAGCAAAUACCAAAUCGGUUGGCUCCUUCAGUUAUAGAUGUCCAGCAGUGUUGCACUUGACAUUUAAAACUGAGAUCGUCUAUUGUUUCAGCAUUACUAGGCAGCGAUGAUACAGACUGUCAUUAGAGCAACUCAAAUGAAAGUUUCUUGAAAUGAAUAGGAAGUGUACAAAAGCUGUGCAUAGUUCCUGUCCAAGACAAUGGAUCUUUUGACAGGUGACGGCAGAGGGGAAGCUGGCAAAUCCUUUUUAAUGGCAGAACCCAUGACUCCUGUCAUACAUGGUGGCAUAUACAUACAUAUAUGUAUAUCCAGUUGACUUUAAAUUUUUAGAUGAACAGACUCUAGAUCCACAGAAUAUCUGGUGUGCAGGAUCACAAGUUUGUUCAUUGCACUAGUGAAGAUUCAUGCAUCCCAGUGGAACGGCAUUAAAAUAUUAGUUGUUUUUUAAUGGAGAAAGAAAUCUCUUUGAAUUUUGUACAGUCUUUCUAUUUAAAGUUCUAUUUAAAGUCCAGGAAUUAAGAACAACAAUUCAUAGGCUGUAACCACACUAGGCUACUGGUUUUAUUUUUAUAGUGUUUUCAGAGUUGUCAUCUAAAGCACUACUUAAAAGCAAGCAGACAAACGAAGAAUGAACAUGCACAGGAAGAACUGUUUUACUUAAAACAGAACGUUUUAUUUUACUUUAUAGAAGUGCUGCUUCUCUUGAUGUUUGAUACCUGUGUAACAAAAAUAUAUCAUUUUUUGCCCUAUUUUGUAGUUCAGGGUUGUUGCAUUUAAGUCACAAUAUGCAUGGGGGAGGGAUUUCUUUCUCUCUCUCUCUCUCUUUUAAAAAAGCCACGAUUAAAGGCCACUUUUAGAAAACAAUGCUGAAGAGCAAGGGCAAAACCCCCUGUUUUUUACUAUGCUAGACUAGUAUAGUAAGCUCCCAUAACCAUCAAAGCACUAGAACUCUUCGGAAACUCUCGCUGGGAUGUAACAUGAGACUGAACAACCAAUGGGACACCUUGAGGUUGGCUUUGUAGGCAUUUUAACCAAGUUGUGAUCUGUCAAAUAUGAAGGGUAAAAGUUCUUCCUUACAGCAUCCUUUUUCCUGAACAACUUGCACCCUAUUAGUAAACCUCCUUACUGAAGGAUCCAGAGGAGUUAGCCCUGUUGGUCUGUUGCUGCAAAAUAGUAAGAGUCCAGUAGCACCUUGAAGACUAACAAAUUUUAUUGUAGCAGAAGCUUUCAAGGAACAUGAGAGAAGCACGUGUUUUUCUCGGAAGCAUAUGCUACAAUAAAAUGUGUUAGUCUUCAAGGUGCUACUGGAUUCUUUGCUAAUUUCCUGAAGGAGGUCACAUACAUAACCCAGUACUCCUCCCAGAAUCAGGCUGCAACCAGCUGUGGGGGGAGGGGGUCUGCCACCUGCAAUUUAUCCUGAAGGCUUGAUGGGUAAGGGACACUUCAAUAGGAAAACUGAUCUCACACCCCUUUUCCUCUUGAUAGGACUGUUGAUUCAUUUCAUAAAACAGUUUGUCUAUCCCUACCCCAGAGGACAGGAGACAUGGGGUUGUAGAACAAGGACAUUAAACCAGUGUGCGUUUGGGGGUGGGGGGGGGACGACAUCUAACCAAAACCUAAGACAAAAAUUUGCCAUUGAGUUUUUAGCAGAAGCUGGCCUUUAUGAAGCAAUGCAUAAUCGGGCAAGCUGCCUAUCUCUUAUCCCUUCUGGAUGGUUGAGAACACUUGCACUUUGUGGUAGGUGGCUAAUUUUGUGACGUGCCAACUGAUAGCUAUUGAGUGAUUUCAUUUUCUUUUAAGCAGCCAUUUUUUCUUCCUGAGUUUGAAAGAUAAAGGGGAGGCAAACAAGUCAAGGUUGGUUCAUCGGACAUGAGUACAAAGAAACAAGGGGUGGGUGGGAAGUAUCACCAUUGGAAAGACUGAACAUACUUGCCACAUUUUAACAGUUUGGACAAAAUAUAUUGUAUUUUUUGAUACGGUUAGCUGUUUAAAUAAUGUUACUUCCACUAAAUAUGUGAAUCUGCUGCUUCUGAGAGGCAAUGUGAAAGGAAGUAUUACUUUUGUGUACAAAGUUAUUUAUUUAUUAGAAAUUUUUGGUACAAUGUUGUACAUUGAGAAGUACAUUGUAAAAAAAAUUGGAAGUGUCUAACAAACAGCAUUGAAGUGUCUUUAAUAAAGGUCCAUUUAUAAUA